CCAAAGAGCGCAUUAUUUUGGUUGCCCAAAUGGCCCGAAGACCGCAGGCAGCAGGGCAGAGAAGCGACUCCUACCCCCGAACUGUACCCCGAAAUAGCCGCCGUCAGCUCCAGUGCAGACGUUGACAGCAGCUCCCCCGAGAAACUUUCAGCGAACGACGCGGACGACGCGUUCCAGGCACACUCGACGGGACACUACGCGUCCCCUGCCCGCCGGCGCCACCGCACCACCUUCAGCCAUGAACAGCUGGAGCACCUGGAAGUGGCCUUCGGCCAGAACCACUACCCCGACAUCUACUGUCGUGAAGAACUAGCCCGGGUCACCAAGCUGAACGAGGCGCGCAUACAGGUGUGGUUUCAGAAUCGCCGUGCCAAGAAGAGAAAGCAGGAGCGAGCGUCCCAGAAAGCUUCUACAGCAGGGUCCUUGCCGGCCCGCGGCGGUCUGGUGGGCGGGAGGUGUCUCUCAAUGAAUGGGGCAGAACGACCGUACCAGUACCACCCCUCCCUGACCCACGUGCCUCGUUUCCCAGCUGUGUUGGGGUCCAGUAGCUAUCCUCACCCCUCCCCCGCUGCCCAGUUUCCCUGCACCUCCGCUUCUCAGCCUCCAACCUGCCCGCAUGAGGACUGGUACAAUCAACUGCGCCACAUGGGCGCCCCCCCUCCCAGUCUCCCCAGCCCCAUGUUCUCUCUGGCCUCUAUGCCUGGGCUGGAUCCCGUCCCCCACUGGAGCUAAGUCUGUCUGGUGGUCUCAUUGGCCGCAGGCUGGGUGUGUGUGAGCUUGGCAAUGACCGAGACUGUCCGCAGAAUUCCGAGCUUCUGCAGCUUCCCUCUGCUCAGUACGUCAAGGCUGUGCCCUGUUCUCUGCUUGUGAGACCUGGCUGGUAUCUAAACAUUCUGGCCUAUGGUAGUUUAUUUUACCAUAGAGGUCUCUGAAAACCGCAGUACAUCAGUCUUGUUGAAGCAUAGAAAAACACCGAUUAUAUACAGCAUACAAUGUAUGACAGAUUUUUUUUUAUGGAAUAUCUGGGCAAGAGACUGAAAAUGAUCUUGUCUAGCUACACUUUGUUUUAUUUCUCCUGUAUUUUGCCAUUUGUGCUUGCUAAAAAUAACAGAUGUAUUUGACAAAAUUAUUUUAGAAUAAUUCCCCUUGUAAGUCCAUACAGGACUGAAAACAUUUGGUGAACAGUUCCUUUCCAGGGUGAGGAACAUAGGUCACGUCAGACCAAUGCGGACUGUAAUAUGUCCGGAACUUUUGAGGUAUUUAAGCGCCAUUAAAAUGCAGGUGCUUUAAAAAGCACUAUGAAUUAUGAUAGAUGACACAGAUUAUAUG